AUGACCACUUUUCCUAAAGAUGAAGUUAUUAUAGGAAUUGCACUAAGUAGUCUAGCGAUAAUUGUCGCAACUUCUAAAAAUUUCAUAAGAUUAUUCACGCUUUCUGGUGUACAACUUUAUAUCUUUGCAUUGGAUUCAGUAGUUUGUAUGGAUGCUUACCAAGAGUUUGCUUUGAUUGUAUAUCAUCUAGGAACAGGUUAUCGAGGAUCGCAAAAUCUUGGAUAUAUGUUGUAUAAUGUAGAAACAAAUGAUAUUGUUCAAAAAGAACAAUUGCCAAUAUCUAAAGAUUCAACUUUAGAAUGGAUUGGAUUUUCAGAUAAAGGGUUACCAGCAAUGUAUGAUUCUGAAGGAGUGUUAUCUAUUUUACAUCGUCACAGACAAUAUCACCAAGCAAGAUGGAUACCUGUUUUGUAUACUCGUAAUAAUCCAAACCCUGAUGAUGAAGCAUCGUAA